CAGUUUUCCAUCACUACUACUUCGGUUCCUGCCCUCUCGUUCGUUCCUUUUGCCCAUUUGCAUGGGUUUAUGGUGCGUUUUAUUUAUCUUCUACACUAAUGCAUUUGUUUUAGGUCUUUUCGGCGUAUCUGGUGGUUUCAAGAGACCGACCACUUCAUCUCCUAUACCCCGCAUAAGCCCUUAUGUGAGGCAACACGUCCUUCGAAUCCCUCUGCGACGCCAGAUAUGGCCACUACACAUCCCCUUACUGCGCCCACCAUCCCCCUGGAAUUGCCCAAUUACGGCCCUCAAUGGCAUGCAUAUCGACCUCAAUCACCGUCGGGCAUGCAACCUUGGGAUGUGGGGGACAUAGUAUAUCACCUGAGACUCAACAUCGGACCCCAUCUCAUAGCAGGGGAGGACCCGCAACGGAAUCCCAACUAUGACGGUGACAACAACAACGGGAGUGCAAGGGGGACUUCAAACACAAAGGAGAGCCGUGUUAGAGGGUGGAGUAUGGCUGUGGUAGAGAGAGAGAGGCAUUUUGAAUGUGUGCUGCGGAAGACGGUACGAGCGAGAGGGCGGGG